AUGGAGGCAGCAUCAGCCCGAGCGGCAGCUCGCGACCGCUGGGGCGAGCAGGGCCGCACGCCGUCGCAGCUCCAACGCUUCAUCCUUGCGGCCUGCAGCCCGGAGAAUUACGAGCCCAACCUGGCCCUCAACCUCGAGAUCUCGGACCUGAUCAACACCAAGAAGGGUACGGCGCCGCGUGAGGCCGCCACCGAGAUUGUCAACUACAUCAACCACCGCAACCCCAAUGUCGCCCUGCUGGCCCUCAACCUGCUCGACAUCUGCGUCAAGAACUGCGGCUACCCCUUUCACCUGCAGAUCAGCACAAAGGAGUUCCUCAACGAGCUCGUCCGCCGAUUCCCUGAACGUCCGUCCAUCCGGCCUACCCGCGUCCAGGCCAAGAUCCUCGAGGCCAUUGAGGAGUGGCGCGUGACGAUAUGCGAGACGAGCCGGUACCGCGAAGACCUGGGCUUCAUCCGCGACAUGCACCGCCUGCUCAGCUACAAGGGGUACACGUUUCCCGAAGUGCGUCGCGAAGAUGCAGCCGUCCUCAAUCCAAGUGAUAACCUCAAAUCCGUCGAGGAGAUGGAAGAAGAAGAGCGCGAAGCCCAGUCGGCCAAGCUCCAGGAGCUCAUCCGCCGCGGAACUCCGCACGACCUCCAAGAGGCCAACCGGCUGAUGAAGGUCAUGGCCGGCUUCGACCAACGCUCCAAGACCGACUACCGCGCCAAGGCGGCCGAGGACGUGGCCAAGAUCCAGGCCAAGGCCCGACUUCUCGAGGAGCGUCUCGAGGCCUUCCGGGCUGGUGACAAGAUGGAGGAGGGGGACGUCUUCAGCGAGCUGGCCUCCGCCCUGCAGAGCGCGCAGCCCAAGAUCCAGAAGAUGUGCGAGGAGGAGUCGGACGACCACGAGGCCGUCGCCAAGCUGUUUGAGAUCAACGACAGCAUACACCGUACCGUCGAGCGCUACAAGCUCAUGAAGAAGGGCGACAUGGAGGGUGCCGCCAAGGUGGCAGCCGGCGGACCCGCGCCCUCGCAGACCACCACUGUCGGCAAUGCUCCGGGAGAGCUGUCCCUCAUCGACUUUGAUACGGAUCUGUCCGGGGUAAGUGGUGGCAGCAAUGGGCAGGCGGGUGCCGGUGCCGGUGCCGGUGCCGGCGCUUCUUCAUCGCAGCCUCGGCAGCAGCCCGCAGCAGGGGCCAGCGGUCUGGAGAAUGACCUUCUCGGUCUCGAUAUCGGUGGAGGGUCGAGCAGCUCCGGCAGCUUUGGUCAGGGCGGCGGUAUUGCUCUCGGGUUCGGUGCUAAUCAGAACGUUCCUGGACCGGCACUACUCUCGUCUCUGACAGAUAACAACAUGGCCAACAACAACUACAACAGUUACAACAACAAUAACAACACUACGCCACAGUUCCCAUCGUUCGGAUCCCCGUCUACACCACAAUCAAUGACACCUCAGCAGUCGACCUCUGCAUUUGCAGCACCGUCACCGGCUCCGGCUCCGGCUCCGGCAGCAUCGGACCCCUUUGCCGCCCUGGGUAUAUCAUCCCCUUCCACUCCUAGCAAUGCCAUCAACGACAACAACAACAACAACAGCAACAACAACAACAACAGCUACAACUACAGUAACAGCAGCAGAUCUCCAGCCGUCCCAUCCUCAUUCUCCCCCGCACCACCUGCUGCUGCUCCUGCUGCCGCUACGGCAGGCGACGAAGACGAAUGGAACUUUUCAUCCGCCCUGCCACCCGUAGCGAAUGACAAGCCGCGCGAGCACCGUUCGACGAUAAGCAGCACGGAACUGCGCAUCGACAUGGCUGCUCUGCGUAACCCCUCCAGUCCAAACUGCAUGAGUGUCCAGUUUGCAUUCAGCAACAAUACUGCUUCUGAUGUGUCGGAGCUGCACUUUCAACUGGCCGUUACAAAGGGCUACGAACUCGAACUACAACCCCAGACAGGUCGAUCACUCUCCCCCAAGCAGACAAGAGGCAUCACCCAAGUCGUACAGGUCUGGCACGCCGGUAACCGGGCUUCCAGAGUCGAGUCUGUCAAGCUCAGGUGGAGAGCUACUUACAAGGUUGGUGGUCAGGAUAGGAGUGAGAUGGGGGCUGUUCCAGAGUUUAGCAUAGCAUAA